UCAACCACUGUUGAGACCUCACAAUGUCGAAACAAAGCCGGGGAUUUAUCCUUUUGAUACUCUCCUUAUUGGCCAUCUCGGCUGUUUCACAUGCCAAGAAGAAGACCCUUAAGGAAGUGACUUAUGAUGGGAGAUCCUUAAUUAUCAAUGGAAAGAGAGAGUUAAUCUUCUCUGGUUCAGUCCAUUACCCACGUCUUCCUCCAGAUAUGUGGUCCCAAGUCCUCAAUAAAUCUAAGCAUGGAGGGUUGAAUGCAAUCUCUACUUAUGUCUUUUGGAAUGUUCAUGAGCCUGAAGAGGGCAAGGUCAGUGGAAUUUUGAAGGGAACUAUGAUUUAGUAAAAUUCAUCAAAACAAUUCAAGAGAAUGGUAUGUAUGCGAUCCUCAGGCUUGGACCCUUCAUCCAGGCUGAAUGGAACUUCGGAGGGUUUCCAUAUUGGAUGAGAGAGGUCAACAAUGUUACUUUUCGAACUCAUAAUCCACCAUACAAGUAUCACAUGAAGAGAUUCACCAAGACGAUUAUAAAGAAAAUGAAGGAAGCAAAGUUAUUUGCCCCUCAAGGAGGUCCUAUCAUUCUAUCACAGAUCGAGAAUGAAUAUAAUACCAUCCAAAUUGCAUUCAAAGAGUCGGGUACUGAUUACAUUCAGUGGGCUGCAAACAUGGCUGUGGCAACCAAAACAGGAGUCCCAUGGGUGAUGUGCAAGCAAAAGGAUGCUCCUGAUCCAGUGAUCAACGCAUGCAACGGAAGAAACUGUGGAGAUACUUUCACUGGCCCAAAUAAACCCUACAAACCAUCUCUAUGGACUGAGAACUGGACUGCUCAGUACAGAGUAUUUGGGGAUCCACCAUCUCAGAGGUCAGCAGAAGACCUUGCAUACGCUGUUGCUCGUUGGUUCUCUAAGAAUGGCACUCUUGUAAACUACUAUAUGUAUUAUGGAGGGACCAAUUAUGGUAGAACAUCUUCCUCAUUUGUUACAACCCGCUACUAUGAUGAAGCUCCUCUUGAUGAAUAUGGUAUGCCGAAGGACCCUAAAUGGGGUCACCUCAGGGACUUGCACAGUGCUUUAAGAAUGUGCAAGACACCUUUGCUUGACGGUGUCUCCAGUAUGGAAAAAUUGGGUCAGGGACUAGAGGCCAUAAUUUACCAAAUUCCGGGAACUGAACAGUGUGCAGCUUUCUUGAGCAACAGUGAUGUUAGGGUCCCAGCAACUGCAAUAUUCAGGGGCAAGGAGUAUUACUUACCUGCACAUUCCAUUAGCAUCCUCCCUGAUUGCAAUACUGUGGCUUACAAUACUCAAACGGUAAUUGCCCAGCACAAUUCAAGAAGUUUCAAGGUAUCAGAAAAAGCUAACAGCAAUCUUCGCUGGGAAAUGUCCCGAGAACCUAUCCCUACCAUUAAAGAUGCGGUCGUAAAACAUCUGACCCCAUUGGAACUCAUGAACCAGACAAAAGAUACCUCAGACUACCUCUGGUAUACUACUAGCCUUCAAUUGCGAACUUAUGACUUACCGAGGCGUACUGACAUUGUCCCAGUCAUCCAGAUUGCAAAUCUAGGUCAUGCAAUGCAUACAUUUGUAAACGGCGAAUACGUAGGAUCUGGAAGGGGUAGCCAUCUAGAAAAGAGUUUCACAUACAGGAGUGCUGUGAACCUAAGGCCUGGACAUAACACUAUAUCACUAUUGGGCAUGACAGUCGGAUUCCCAGAUAGCGGAGUCUACUUGGAACGUAGGAUGGCCGGAAUUCGCAAUGUAUUCAUCCAAGGUUUGAACAUGGGAACAAUUGACCUGACACAGAAUGGAUGGGGACAUACGGUUGGUGUAAAUGGAGAAAAGCUCCAUCUAUAUACCCAAGGGGGAUCACACAAGGUACAGUGGACUGAAGCCAAGGGCAAGGGAACUGCUCUCACAUGGUACAAGACUUACUUUGAUGCUCCAGAAGGAAACUCUCCCGUUGCUCUCAAUCUAACAAGUAUGGCCAAAGGCAUGGCUUGGGUCAAUGGUAAAAGCAUUGGGCGUUACUGGGUCUCCUACUUGUCCCCUCUUGGGAAGCCUUCCCAGUCAGAGUACCAUGUUCCAAGAUCCUUCUUGAAGCCAACUAAUAACCUUCUGGUUCUCUUUGAGGAAAUGGGAGGAAACCCAGAAGAGGUCAGUAUCUUGACUGUCCACAGAGACACUGUGUGCAGCUACCUCACAGAAAUUCACCUUCCACAAGUGAAAAAAUGGAAGGGAGAGGCCUCUAUGGACAAGAGGAUACCACAUGCUAGCUUGAAGUGCCCCAGCCACAAGGUGAUUUCCAAGGUUGAUUUUGCAAGCUUCGGUGAUCCUUAUGGAGCCUGCGGAAACUUCACCAUUGGAACUUGCGGUGCAUCCCAUACCCAGGAAAUCGUAGAAGAGACUUGCUUGGGAAAGACUGCUUGCAGCUUACCAGUGGAGUGGAAGAAGUUAACCAAGAAGGACGAAGAACCAUGUCCAGGAAUCGUGAAGACAUUAGCCGUUCAAGUGCGGUGUGGCCAUAAAAAGAAGGAUUAGAGAGAGAGAGAGACAGAGAACAGCUGUGGUGAUUAAUUAAAAGUUACAGGGUGUGGGAGUUUCCAUAUGUAAAUGUUGUUACAGUUGCAGCCAUGUAUAAUGACUGCAUUUCCAAAUCCAGUCUGUUAUAACCAUUAUAAACAGAAGCAUUAUGGGUUUCCAUAAUAUAUGAAUAUUGAUUCAAUUCCUUCUCUCUUCCUUCUUUUAUUGA